AUGCUUGGUAGAAUAAGAAUUGGUAGUGGGUUCAUCACUAGAUCAUUCAGCACUCGUGGGGCAUUAUUGCAAAAGGGAUUCGUCUCCCCUAACGAAUAUGUUGAACAAGUCAAACAAGAGAAAAUCGAACAAGAACAAUUCAAACAAGAGUUAUUAUCCAAUCAAAUCCCAUACGCUCCAAAAACCUUAAGUUCCACUGUGAUUCAAUCUGAAGGCAGACCUGUUCCUUUAAAUGUUGAACUUUUGAAAUAUAAACCUUUGACCUUACCGCAAACUCAUGGUGAUCAGGUUGCUGUGAUUAACUUUAGAAGUUAUGAGGAAGCUGAUAUUAUUAGAGCUGGUGAGUUUGCCAUGAGAGCUGCCUACUACUUGGGUAUACCAACUUCCCAUUUAAAGAGUUUGAAAACUGAAAAAAGAUUAUAUACCGUGAUUAAAGCUCCUUUCGUGUUUGCUAAAUCUAAACAAAAUUUCCAUAGAAUAACUUUCCAAAAAAGAAUAGUAGCUUAUGAUGCCAAUCCUGACGUCGUUGAUUUAUGGUUGUCUUAUCUUAAUAGACAUAAGUUAGAUACCGUAGACUACAAAGUUGAAUUGACUGCCCGUGAAUCUUUGAACUAUGUUGAAGAUCUUAAACAAUUAAAGGACUUGGAAUUACCUAAGGCUUAUGAAGGUAUUGAAGACCCAAUUGCCGUCAAGGUUCAAGAAUUACUUAAAUCUGAUGAUUUCAAAAAACUCAUUUAG